UUGGUGCCUGCAACGAAAAGUGUUAUUUCUAAAUUUUUCUCCGAUAGAAAACACUCAUUCUAUUUUUUUCUCAAUGUGAGUUUAGCCUAGAUUGAGAAAAACCCCAGGAAAAAAUAUUUUCAGAUAAUGAUGAUGAUAAUUGUGGCUACAGUCAUCUUCGCACAAUUAUCGAUUCAAUGUGCAAAGAAAAAAGAGCCAGUUGUUACGAAUUCGAUGAAAAGUGUUAUGAAUCAAACACCACCUGCUGAAAGUGGCGGUGGAAAUACUGGAGACGCAGCGUCGGCAGCAUCAGCACCACCAGCUCCAACUGCAUAA